AUGGUACAUGAAGAAAAUUAUGAUAUAUUUGCGGUUUCGGAAUCAUGGCUUAAUUCAACAGUGCGAAAUGCAGAGGUUGAAAUUACUGGAUAUCGUCUGUCUCGAUUAGACAGAUUGGGAAAAUCUGGAGGAGGGGUUUGUGUUUAUGUUAAAAGUACAUUGAAAUACACGGUUUUAAAAGAUUUAACUGAAAUCUCCGAUUCCGGUUUCCACCAAUUGUGGAUACAAAUCCAGCACAAGAAACUUAGAUCGAUAUUGUUAUGUGUUUGUUACAGACCUCCUGAUUGUCCGGUUUCGUGCUUUACGAAUAAUUUUAUGGCUGAAUACACAAGGGCACUUACAUAUGGUAAGGAUAUUUUGGUUGUGGGAGACUUAAACUGCAAUUUGUUGAAAACAACCCAAGAAGCGGAGGCAUUGAGAGAUAUAUGCUGUAGUUUAAAUCUCGUGCAAUUAAUCGAUAAACCUUCGCGGGUAACAUUGCAAUCAUCCAGCCUGAUAGAUGUGAUCAUGACAUCCAGUGAAAGUCUGAUUGUGAAAAGUGGAGUAGUAGAAGUUAACAUUAGUGAUCAUUUCUUGGUUAGUUGUGAACUUAAUUUAAAAAAGCCAAAACUAAAACCAACAUAUAUCAAUGCACGAAGUUUUAAAGAUUACGAUCGAAAUCAAUUUGUCAUGGAUUUAGCACAAAUUCCUUGCCAUGAAAAUUUUUCAAUUGACGAUGUGAAUGAAAAACUAUCCUCAUUUAAUGGUCACUUUUUGAGUAUCUUCGAAAAACAUGCACCGGUUAAGAGCACGAAAAUAAGAUAUCACCGGUGUCCAUUUAUAAGUAGAGAGAUUAAAGAACUUAUGAAAAUUAGAGAUAAAUUACAUAAGCUUGCACGACGAACCAAGAUGACAACAGAUUGGGAAAAUUACCGUGUUUGUAGACAGGCUGUAAAAAAGGCGUUACGUGAAUCUGAAAGGAAGUAUGUACAGAAUGAAAUUCAUAAAAAACUUAAACAGAAGUUCUAUGUGAAAACUUAUAAGGAACUGCCUACUCCAUAA